UUUUCAGAUCCUUGAGGCACAGAAGCAAUUACAAACAUUUUUCCUGUACUGGACAAAGUUGCUAAUUCUAGCUGUCUUUUCAAGGACUGUGAAGAAUCAACAUUGUUUCCUUUUUAAACUACAGAUUCAAUCCAAUAAAUGGACCGUAAACCAGUGAUUGUGGUCCAUGGAGGGGCAUGGGCAAUACCAGAUUAUCUUGCAGAAAGUAGCACAAAUGGUGUAAAAAGUGCAGCAUGCUGUGGUUUUUCCAUACUUGCACAGGGUGGAAGCAGCAUGCACGCUGUAGAGGCAGCAGUGCGUGUUCUGGAAGACGACAAAGCAUUCGAUGCAGGUCAUGGUGCAGUACUGAAUGCUGAUGGUAACGUAGAGCUUGAUGCAAUCAUAAUGGAUGGGAAAAAUCUUGCUGUAGGUGCUGUUUCUUGCAUCAGAAAUAUUUCAAAUCCAAUCACGUUUGCUCGCUCAGUCUUAGAAAAGACACCGCACGCUAUGCUGACUGGGGAGGGAGCAAAUGCCUUUGCUGAAAAGAUGAAUAUUCCAAGAGUGUCAACAGAUGAAUUAGUGACAGAACAUAGCAUUAAGGAGUGGGAAGAGUACCAAAAAUAUACACAAAGUGUCACAAAUCUUUUUAACUCGGAAAAGGUACAUGAUACAGUUGGUGCUGUAGCAAUCGAUUCUGAUGGAAAUGUUUCCUGUGCAACAUCAACUGGAGGCAUAACCAAUAAAAUGGUUGGACGUGUUGGAGACAGUCCAAUUAUAGGAUCUGGUGGAUAUGCUGAUAACUUUGUUGGUGCUGUAUCCACAACUGGGCACGGAGAAUCUAUAAUGAAAGUCACCCUUGCAAGACGUGUACUGUUGCAUAUGGAACAAGGUAAAAGUCCAAGGGAUGCUUCAGAUCAAGCACUUGACUACAUGAAAAACAAAGUACAUGGGAGAGGUGGACUGAUUACUGUCAGUAAAACCGGAGAAUGGGCUGCAAGGUUUACCACACAAAGGAUGGCAUGGGCAGGGAUUGAUGGAGAAAUGUUAUACUAUGGCCUGAACUCUGGAGAACAAUUUCAAGAAUCAUUACAUAAUGCGAUAUAAAGAAAAACAUAAGUUAUAUUGCAACAAAAAUUAAACUAUGCCUAACUUAAA